AUGUCGGCGACGACUUCAUCUUCCGACGCCAAGGUCACCAAGGCCACCAAGGCUGAAAACUUCCCCGACGGCACUUCUGACUACAUUCCUGCUCGUGCCAAAGCCUAUGAUACCAAAAAGCCCCAUAUCUCAACCCAGCCUAUCACUGCGAGCAACUGGUACAAGCACGUCAACUGGCUCAACACCACAUUUAUCCUGAUUGUUCCCUUGAUUGGGUUCAUCUGCUCCUACUGGAUCCCUCUCACAUGGAAGACCGCUGUCUUCGCCGUUGUCUACUACUUCAACACUGGCCUCGGUAUCACGGCCGGUUACCAUCGUCUCUGGGCUCAUCGUUCCUACAAGGCUAGCCUUCCCCUGAGAAUCUACCUCGCCGCCGUCGGCGCCGGCGCCGUCGAGGGUUCCAUCCGAUGGUGGUCUCACGGACACCGUGCUCACCACCGCUACACCGAUACCGACAAGGACCCGUACUCCGUCCGCAAGGGCCUCCUGUACAGCCACAUUGGAUGGAUGGUCAUGAAGCAGGACCCCAAGCGUAUGGGCCGAACCGAUAUUUCCGAUCUCAAUGAGGAUCCUGUCGUCAUGUGGCAGCAUGUUCACUUCAUCAAGUGCGUCCUCGCCAUGGGUGUCAUCUUCCCCACGCUCUUCUGCGGCCUGGGCUGGGGUGACUGGCUUGGCGGAUACGUCUAUGGCGGCAUCCUUCGCAUCUUCGUCGUUCAGCAGGCCACCUUCUGCGUCAACUCUUUGGCCCACUGGCUCGGCGACCAGCCCUUCGACGACCGCAACUCACCUCGUGACCACGUCAUCACUGCCCUCGUCACCCUCGGUGAGGGAUACCACAACUUCCAUCACGAGUUCCCCUCCGAUUAUCGCAAUGCUAUUCAGUGGUGGCAGUACGACCCAACCAAGUGGUGCAUCUGGACUUGGAAACAGCUUGGCCUCGCCACCGAUCUCAAGCAAUUCCGCCAAAAUGAGAUUGAGAAGGGUCGUGUUCAGCAGCUUCAGAAGAAGCUUGACCAGAAGCGCGCGAAGCUCGACUGGGGUGUCCCCUUGGAGCAGCUGCCCGUCAUUGACUGGGACGACUUCAAGGCGCAGGCGAAGAACGGCCGAGGCCUCGUUGCCAUUGCUGGUGUUAUUCACGACGUAACCGACUUUAUUCAGGAGCACCCGGGUGGCAAGGCUCUCAUUUCUUCUGCUGUCGGCAAAGAUGCCACUGCCAUUUUCAACGGUGGUGUCUACCUGCACUCGAACGCUGCCCACAACUUGCUUUCUACGAUGCGUGUUGGUGUUCUUCGUGGCGGUUGCGAGGUUGAGAUCUGGAAGCGUGCUCAGUACGAAAACAAAGACAUGACCUAUGUCACCGAUUCAAGCGGCGAACGCAUUGUCCGUGCAGGGGAUCAGCUCACUCGCGUUGCUGUUCCCGUGGCAAGCGCCGAUGCUGCAUGA